AGUGCUUCGCGCGAUCACCGACGCGCGCGCACGUUGCCGCUCACCGUUCGAGUCGACAACAACGAAUCCAUUGCGCACACAUCGGUCCCCAAAUUACGAAAUUCGAAUUUCGAAGUGGAAUACAGUGACAGUUUUGAGUGACGUUCUAAAUUGAUAAACCACCAAAUAGGUUUUACACGCGACAUUGGAUACUAGUGCGGCUUUUGUUUUCUUUGUUUAUUGUGCUUGGAGCUGUCAAAAUAUUGCACAGAUCAUAAAGUGAGGAAAUAUAUUUGAAGCCGUUACACUAUUGCUCCAAACUACAUAUGCAUCGAACAGAUACUAUCUAAGAAUACCUACCUACAUAAAAUCGAGAAAUCCACAUGAAAAUUAAAAUCCACGUACCUAGCUGACCUACAAAAGGAAAUAACCGCGCCAGAUACGAACGAAAAUCAAGAUCCAAUCAUUCGGAACUAGAACGAACGAUGACUGAUUAGACAUAAACUCAAGCCGAGCGGCGAAAGACUGUGUAAAAUUAAAAAGUAAUAAAUUAAAAAAGUAAAAUGUCACGGUCGAGCGCGCGGAGUUGAUUCGACAUUUGAAAAUGUGUGUGAGCGUCACCUAAGAUUUUAUAAAGAGUAAAAGAUGGCGCAUAAAGUUAAAAACAAUCAUUAUGUGGCGACACAUCGGUCCGGUGUGGACUCACCAUCGUCUGGUGCAUAUUUGCAUCGGGGAUCGUCCAGGGAUGAGAAUGAUAGUCACAGAGCGCCCUCUGAAAGGACCUUGUCAGAAUAUACGACGACGAUGGACGAAAGGACGCGGUCACCGUCCGGCGAGGCCCGGCACGGUAACGGCGAGGCGCGGAACGGUCGACGGCACCCGAACGGGUCGCCGCGCGCCGACUCCGGCUCAGACGUUUACGUCACCAGCGCCGCCUACCGACCUCCCUCCGAAAUCAGUCGGCAGUCUCGUGCGCCGCGCAGCGUAUAUUCGUACAGAAGCGCCGUGGCGCCAUCUGUUGCCUCAACGCAUAGAUCCAAAGUUUCCAGAAAGGCGGGUGUGAAGGUAGACGCGAUGGCGGCCCCCAACCCUUUCUGUCCUAACGUGAAGGGCAUGUGUUGCCUGAUGCUGCUGCUCAACCUGGGCCUCAUACUCGUCACUCUCGGCUUCGUUAUUGUGCUGCAAUUCUUCGAACCACUCUUUGUCUGGAUACUUGGCAUCGUGUUCCUGAUCUUCGGUUUCAUAACCCUCGUCGGUAGUCUUAUAUACUGCGUGGUACUGUGCCGGGAGAACCCCUAUCCUCGCCACCCGGAAGACUUCUACUGGACCCACCACUGGUCCAAGACUAUAGGGCCAUCAGAAAUACACUACAGUGCGAGCGAGAAACAAUACAGACAAAACGGGAACGGCGAUAGAUAUAAUAGAUAUAAUGGAAAAUAUUCAGACAGAGAAAGCACUAAAGGUUACUCUGAUAGAGAAAGCAAAUUAAGUAGGUACUAAGAAUACCUAUUUGAAUUGAGUACUAUAAAUAUUUUAAAGGACCAGUGGUCAUUUUGCCAAACGUUAUAAAAGAAGUAUGAUACAGUUGCAUC